CCCCCGCCCUCUUGAACGCCGCCAGUCCACCAACCCCAAACCCAGAAAAAAUGAAGCUCCAAGUCUUAGAAACCGCUCUCCUCCGCCCCUCCGCCGCACCCUUGACAGAGGACCACACCCUUGCUCUCUCUCACCUAGACAAUGAUCACUCCCUCAACGUCACCUUCCGUUACCUGCGAGCUUACACCAACACCAGCGUCACCACUGAUAGCGACCCUUUCCACGUCAUCCCCUCCGCUAUCUCCGCCGCUCUCCACCACUAUUAUCCUCUUGCAGGAUCCCUUCGCCGUGCCAGCAACGGGAGGUAUGAGCUUUUUUGUCGGGUGGAUCAAAGCCUACCGCUUGUCAAAGCCACCGUAGACUGUAGAUUAGAGUCUGUAAAUUACCUCGAGGAUCCCGACAUGAAUUUGGUUGAGCAGUUUGUUCCCGACCCGAUCCAGGAAGAAACGAUGGAAAAUCCUUGUACUUUACAGUUAACGGUGUUUAAAUGCGGUGGCUUUAUUCUUGGGGCGGCCAUACAUAAUUCUCUAUGUGAUGGACUUGGUGCGACCCAGUUUUUCUGUAUGGCAGCUGAUAUAGCUCGUGGGGUGAACCAGGUGAAGUUUCAGCUGGUUUGGGAUCGACCCACCUUGUUGGGUCCGAGGAACCCACCGAAAGUUGAAGCUCCUGUUCGUGAGUUCCUAAGCUUAGAGAAAGGUUUCAAUCCUUACACACAGUAUAUCGGACAUGUUGUGAAGGAGUGUUUUUAUGUGGAAGAUGAAUGCUUGGACCAGCUGAAGGCUUUGCUUUCUGGACAAAGUGGUCUGGGUUUAACCACGUUUGAAAUUUUGGGUGCUUAUAUUUGGCGAGCCAAGGUGAAAGCCUCGAAGAUUCAAGGUGAUGAGAUCGUGAAGUUUUCAUAUUUGAUGAACAUCCGCAAAGUGGUAAAGCCGGCAUUACCUGCUGGCUAUUGGGGCAACGGCUGCGUCGCAAUGUACGCCAAGGUCAGUGCCAAGGACUUAAUCGAGCAGCCUUUGUGGAAAACGGCUGAGCUAAUAAAGAAGAGCAAAAGCAAUGCUAGUGACGAGUUCGUCCGAUCUUUCAUCGACUUGCAAGAACUGCACUACAAAGACGGCAUCACUGCCGGAAAAGGGGUGAGUGGUUUCACUGAUUGGAGACAUUUAGGCCAUUCGGCGGUGGAUUUCGGUUGGGGAGGUCCGGUAACGGUGUUGCCACUUUCAACCAAUUUCCUUGGGAGUAUGGAGCCAUGUUUUUUCCUGCCCUACGCCUCAUCAAAUAAUACGGGAAAGAAGAAAGGGUUUAAAGUGUUGGUAAGCUUGCGUGAGACUGCCAUGGCUGAUUUUAGGCAAGAGAUGGAGAAAUUCAGCCGGAAAGAAUUUACCGAACUCUGAGCUGUUUCCUGAAUCCGAUACCUGAUGAUAGCAUUGAGCUUUAUCUUCGCUUUUCUUAUGAAUUGUUUGUUAUUGAGCU